GACAAUGGAGCGCGUGCUCUGCUCGCUCAGGUAGACGAUACAACCAGGAAGUGUUUACGGGAACGUAUUCCGUGCCAUUUUUACGUUUUUUAACAUGUCAAAAGAAGUCCGAUAUUGCGAUAGGUGCUCGUACAUCUUUCUGAAGUUCUCGUUAAUCGUAUAUGCAACAAUUUUCUGGUUGAUAGGGGGCUUUAUUUUGGCCAUCGGCAUCUAUGCAGAGGUGGAGAGGCAACGGUACAAAACGCUGGAAGGAGUGUUCCUGGCUCCCGCCAUUAUCCUCAUUGUGCUCGGUGUGGUCAUGUUCAUCGUUUCCUUCAUCGGGGUUCUGGCGUCUCUCAGAGACAACUUGUGUCUUCUCAAAGUGUUUCUUUACAUGCUCGCUCUCUGUCUCAUUUUGGAGCUCGUUGGUGGGAUUGUUGCUCUGAUCUUUAGGACCCAGACAGUGGAACUUCUCAACAAAAACAUUCGUAGAGGCAUGGUGAAUUACUAUGAUGACCUUGAUUUCAAAAACAUCCUGGACUUUGUUCAGAAUACGUUCAAAUGUUGUGGGGGAAACGAGUACACGGACUGGGAGGUGAACAUGUAUCAUAAUUGCUCUGCUCCUGGUCCGCUAGCGUGUGGAGUGCCAUACACCUGCUGUAUUAACAAGCCUUCUGAAGUUGUUAAUACGAUGUGUGGAUACAAGACCCUGCAUAACCAGAGGCUAGAAAAUGUAGAGGUCAUCUACAUCCGCGGUUGCACUGAUGCAGUCUUUAUUUGGUUCGUGGACAACUAUACAAUCAUGGCUGGUGUUCUUCUGGGCAUCCUACUACCUCAGUUUUUUGGAGUGCUCUUUACCUGGCUUUAUAUCACCCGUGUGGAAGAUGCCAUCGAGGAAUACGGUCACUAUAUGGAUGGUCUGCUGGACGAAAAAACCCUGGAGACCGAGAGGCAAAGCAAGCUGGCCAAAUGCUGCAGAUGUAUGCCUUUGAUGGACUGAGUGACCACUCCUAACAUUAAGCCUUAUUUUGGAUACUACAUAAAGGAUUUAUGCAGGUACUAUCACCUGCUGUGGAUGAAUAUAACGGUUUGUAGCACACAACUGGGCUGUUACUGUUGUAAUAUCAGCCAAAGAUACACUGAUGCAAGCAAGUCAUAUUUGUACUGUCAAUAUUGUUUUCACAGUUACUCUCAGGAUUUAUUAUUUAUCCUGUCAGCUGAAAAUGGGUAGUUUAUGUGUCAAAAUUAACUGAUGCUUGGACUGACCUUCCAUCUCAGGUUCUUUCUACUAAAUCACACCUGAAUCGUUGACCGAAGAUGCUAUAUUUUCAUCAGGUUGACUGAGU